UAAGGUACAUUUUGAACAGAUAAAAAAUGUGCUAUUCAUUUGCGAUUAAUCACAAUUAACUAUUUUAAUCGAUUGACAUCCCUAAUUAAAACAGUUAUUAUUGAAGAACAGAAGAACAUCGAUAUAACCACUGAUUCAAAACUUUUUAACAUUGUAAAUGCAAAUCUACACACACACUCACGUUCAUAUUGGAUUAUUUAUUGAUUAACAGAAUUGUGAUUCUUCUUAUUCUUUGUUACUACUGGCUGUUUUACCUUCCCCUCUACAUGCAAACACACAUCUGCAGCUCAUACAGUCAACGAGUGCGUGGAGUUCAGCUUUGGUGAACUUUCACAUGUGUGACUGUGCCUUUAAGCAGUUUGGAAUGAAACUCAACCUCACAAACCGUUAUGAUGAAGCUCCGCACAUCACCUGACUCGCCUGAGACAAACCAGGAAACAGGUUGUUAUUCUGUUAAUCUGUUAACACACACAUACUGAGAGACGGACGAUAAGAUUGACUUUUAGACCAAAACCACCACUUCCACUGAGAGAGGACAUCUACAGAAGGGAUAUACUGGGAAUACUGGAAUACUACCACUUCAACCAGCUGCUGAAUCCACAAACUGAACCAGAGUUUUACAAGAACAAAGUCUCAAAGUGAAAGUAACUUUCAGGUAACAGGAAGUGGCUGAGCCGUCUGCCUGCUGUGUUUUCAGCUUCACUCAGAGACUAAAUGGCUUCCAGAUUAGAGGACGAUCUCUGCUGUUCUGUCUGCCACGACGUCUUUAAAGAUCCUGUCAUCCUGUCAUGUAGCCACAGCUUCUGUAAAGUCUGUCUGCAGAGCUGGUGGACAGAUAAACCCGUCCGAGAGUGUCCACUUUGUAAGAGAAGACAUUCAAAGGACCCACCUCCUAACUUGGCUUUAAAGAACCUGUGUGAGAGUUUCUUACAGGAGAGAGAUCAGAGAUCUUCAGAGGCUCUCUGCAGUCUGCACUCUGAGAAACUCAAACUCUUCUGUCUGGACCAUCAGCAGCCGGUGUGUCACAUCUGCAGAGAUUCAGAAAAACACACCGACCACAGAUUCAGACCCAUCGAUGAAGCUGCACGACAACACAAGAAGGAACUUCAGGAAACUCUGGAGCCCUUAAAGAAGAAGUUAAAGGUUUUUGAAGAAGUUAAAGUGAAGUUUGAUCAAACAGCAGAACACAUGAAGGUCCAGGCCCGACACACAGAGAGGCAGAUUAAGGAGCAGUUUAAGAAGCUUCACCAGUUUCUAGAAGAGGAAGAGGAGGCCAGGAUGGCUGCACUGAGGGAGGAAGAGGAGCAGAAGAGUCAGAUGAUGAAGGAGAAGAUGGAGGCUGUGAGCAGAGAGAUAGCAGCUCUUUCAGACACAGUCAGAGCCACAGAGGACGAGCUGAGAGCUGAAGACGUCUCAUUCCUGCUCAACUACAAGGCUGCAGUGGAAAGAGUCCAGCAGCGCCCCCUGCUGGAGGAUCCAAAGCUGCUCUCAGGAGCUCUGAUAGACCAGGCCAAACACCUGGGCAACCUGACCUUCAACAUCUGGAACAAGAUGAAGGACAUGGUCUCCUACACUCCUGUGAUUCUGGACCCAAACACUGCUCAUCCAGAACUCAUCCUGUCUGAAGAUCUGACCAGUGUGAGAGGAGGAGAAAAACAGCAGCUUCCUGAUAAUCCAGAGAGGUUUGAUGAUUACUAUUACUGCUCUGUCCUGGGCUCUGAGGGCUUUAACUCAGGGACUCACAGCUGGGACGUCCAGGUUGGAGACAGUACAUACUGGGGACUGGGUGUGUUAGCAGAGUCUGUCCAGAGGAAGGGAGACAUACAGUCUGGAUUAUGGACAAUAUGGUUCUUUAAUGGUGAAUACAGAACACUCUCCCCACCAGAUGAAUGGUCUGAUAUCGUAGUCCAGAAGAAGUUCCAGAGGAUCAGAGUGAAUCUGGACUGGAACGAAGGAAAGCUGUCGUUCUCUGAUCCUGAUACUAACACACACAUACACACCUACACACACACUUUCACUGAGAGGAUGUUUCCAUACAUUUACACUGAUGAUGAACUCCCACUGAAGGUUUUACGUGAAGGUCUCUGUGACUGUAGGACAACAGAAAUAGAUGAUGAUGAUGAUGAUGAUGAUGAUGAUGAUGAUGAUGAUGAUGAUGAUGAUGAUGAUGAUGAUGAUGAUGAUGAUACGAACUUUAAUCUCUGAGUCUUUGAGAAACAUGUGACUGACAUGUUGUCCUGAUGAUGAUGUUGGUUGUCAUGGUAAUGUGGAUAAUAUCUACACUAUAACAACAGAUAAUAAGAAACAUUUAAAAAAUGUUUGGAUUAGAGUCAAAGAUUUUAAAACAACAGACAAAUAGUAUAAACAAAAACAAUAACUUUAUAAAUAAUUCAAUAUUUUUUUUUUAGGACUGAACGAUUUUGAUAAAAUAUCUAUAUAUAAUUAUUUUGACUGAUAUUUCGAUAGGAUUUGCGAUAUUAGAGGGAAUGAUAACUUCUACAUCAUUAUUCUCAUUUUAAUUGAUAAACAUAUUAAAAUGAGUUAUGGUGGGAUUUUCGCAUGUUUUCUUAAGUCUGUAGAAUAUGAUGUGCCAGGACAUCUCUGCAGCACCACAAUAUUUAAUGUAAAAUGGUAUUUUGGCGCUGACUUUCGUUGACUUAACGGCCACAGGUGUCGCUGUUAACAUGCAUUUCUGAUUCUUACAAACAGUCCCUUUAAGGGAAAUAUGCCUAUUUAUGGCACAUCCUUGCUUGAUGGUUUAGUUUGUUAAAUUGGUUAUGA